UUGAGUCAGCCAAGCUGCUCACAUUGAAGACCGGAGAGAGGAUUGCUUUCUGCUGCUGGGAUACCUGUAUCCAAAGAGCCACAGACCAAAGGACGUAAACACCUCUUUUGUCAUUUUGGGGUUUCCUUAUGAACAACAAUCUGUAGUAAGCAAAAAAGGACUUGGAAAAUACAUCAGGUGUAUGCAAAGGGAAAAGGAUUGUGCGAGAGGAAGACUGGGUGUCCGGCAGACUGAAAUAGGAGAAAUGAAAAUCAGCUUGUUCUGACCAGCUACAAGCUUCCAAAUCAGAGCUCGAGCUGAUCAAGCUGGGAAGAAAGUUAGUCCCAGUUUAGGGAGUUGUGGACAGAGAGCAGAAUCAGCCAUGAUACAACACCCCUGGAGCAGAGAGGGUUAAGGGCCUUGUUCAAGGGCCCAACAGCAGGAGUUUGGUGGUUCUGGGGCUUGAACACUGACUUUCCGGGCCAACAGACCCAGUUCCCACAAUUAAGUUCAUCACACCCAGGAAGCAGGAUGUGCAAUUCCAGAAAUGAAUCCUGGGUUUGGACGCGAUGCUACUGAACUCUGAGCAACCCACACCAACCGACUGAAGUGUCGCAAGCAGACAGCUGGUGUUUUCUCCACCAGAGCCUUAUUAUGGAAAGCAGAUGUGGAGAACCUGUGCCACUACAGGGAGAGCUCGAGAUGCAGCGUCGAGGCUAGAGGCAGCGGCCGAGUGAGAGCGAGGCAGCGGGGAAGCCCCUCUGGAUGAGCCAGUCCCAGGCACCCAGCCGCACAGUACAGGAAUAUAACCACUUAAUAUGUCAACAGAGGCCGAGCUCCAGCCUGCUGCCAGACCCAGCGUCAAAAAGGAUUCCAAGAGGAGAGGGCAGGACCGCACUGAGGCAGCUCUGAUAAAGCGCUUUAAAGGGGAUGGUGUCCGUUACAAGGCCAAGCUCAUCGGCAUUGAUGAGGUCACCGCCGCAAGAGGAGACAAGCUCUGCCAGGACUCAAUGAUGAAGCUAAAGGGGAUCGCAGCCUCGGCACGCUCGAAAGGAGAACACAAGCAGAAAGUUUUUCUUACAGUGUCCUUCGGUGGGAUCAAAAUCUUCGAUGAAAAGUCAGGGGUUCUUCAGCACCACCAUGCAGUUCAUGAGAUUUCCUACAUUGCCAAGGAUAUCACAGACCACCGGGCUUUUGGCUACGUAUGCGGGAAGGAGGGCAACCACCGAUUUGUAGCCAUCAAAACGGCUCAGUCUGCUGAGCCGGUGAUCCUCGACCUCCGUGACCUUUUCCAGCUGAUCUACGAGAUCAAGCAGAGGGAAGAGAUUGAGAAAAAGGCUCAGAAAGACAAGCAGUGUGAACAAGCAGUUUACCAGACCAUUCUGGAAGAAGACGUGGAGGAUCCGGUGUACCAGUACAUUGUGUUUGAGGCGGGACACGAGUCCAUCCGUGACCAAUCAGAGGAGAGCAUUUAUCAGGUCCCUACCAGCCAACAAAAGGAGGGAGUGUAUGACGUCCCAAAGCGACAUCCAAAUGAACGUAAUGACCAGACCAAACUGCUGGAUCUAGAUGCUGAUCUAGUGCUGUUCCCCCAGAAUAUCCACCAAUUAGAGCUUUUUGGAGACAUGUCUACUCCUCCUGAUAUCACUUCUCCCUCAACCCCUGCCUCUCCGGCUACCGCUCUAGACCCAACGCUGCUCCACCAGCCCCCCUCAGAACUGUUUGCUGCAUUCAACCCUGCCUCUGUGCCUGCCUCAGGUUACGUGACGAUGGGAGCAGUCCCCCCGGGCUGGGCACAGCAGCAGUUUGCAGCCCAAGCACCGCUUGCAUUCGGAGUUCAGUCACCAGUUCCCAUGGCUCAGGUGUUACCUGGUGGGCAGCCGCUAAUAUGGGGCCAGGCCAACCUCUUCCCCGCCAUGCAGCAGCAGUGGGCAGCUAUGGCCGGAGCCCACUUCUCACCUGCUGCCUUUGUCCCUGCACAGACCAUGGGACCACUCCCAGCUGCAAUGUUCCAGGCACUGGCACCCAUGCCCAUGGCGGCAGCAUGCCCCACUACUGGUCCUUCCCCAGGCACGCCAACCGCAGGCACCUCAGCUUCCACGGCUUCUAGCCCGCAACAUGGCGAGCACUCGUUGCCUGGACAGACCAAGAUGAGCAAGGAGAUGUUCAAGGACUUCCAGAUGGCCAAGCCACCACCCGGAGGUACACGUAAGAGUGAGCAGCCCAGUCUGGCAUGCACCACAGACGCUUUUACCAGCUACUUCAGUCGGGUGGGACUGGCACAAGACAACGAUGACUGUGACGACUUCGACAUCUCCCAAAUGAACCUGACGCCCGUCACCUCCACCACACCCUCCACCAACUCGCCACCCACACCAGCCCCUCACCAGAGCUCCCCAUCUAAGGCAUCAUCGCAGGCCAGUGACCCGCCCACUGACGACUCGUUCGGUGAAGCGGAGGGCAGUCCCAGUCGCAGCGGCGAGGAGGACGCUGCCGGAGACACACAGUCUCCGAGUGUGAGUGAGCCUCAAGCAGAGCCUGAUGGCUCUGAGCCAGACAGUCCUCAGGUCGGUAGCUAGAUAGCGGCAGGUCGGGGGGAAGGACCCUCUCUACGCCAAGAUCUGCAAAGGGAAGAAGUGAAGGAUCAUGGGAGGACUGCACACAACUGAACAGUGCUCAGGGGGGAGCAAGAGACCAAACCCUUAGAGCCGCUCUGUGUGUGUGUUUGUGUGUGUGUGUGUGUGUGUGUGUGUGUGUGUGUGGGUGUGGAUGUGGGUGUGGAUGUGGGUGUGGAUGUGGGUGUGUGCGUGCGUGCAUAUGUGUGUGAUCAAGAGACAAAAAAUGUGAGUGAAAUUAAAAGAAACGGAAGUAACACGGUUUGAUGACAGUGUGUGUGGGUGUGUGUGUGUGUGUGUGUGUGUGUGUGUGGUUGCAUGAGAGUGAAUGAUAUUCAGAGCUCACCUGUGAUGGAUCACUCCAGCCUUCUUGGCCUUCAGUCCCCCUCUGGAUCUCACUCUGUGUGGAGAAGUGCAGACUGGACGCUCCUCUCUUCUUUCUGUCCUUCCAUUGAGUUCUUUGUCGCACAGUGUUUCCUACACUCAUAAACUGAAUAUGGAAUAUUAUACACAGCUGAUGAUGAUGAUGAUGAUGAUGAUCUUCACACUCUUGUUCACUCUGUGUCAUUCCUUUGCUCUGUCUUUCUGUCUCAAUCUCAUACCAUCUAGCCAAGGUAGUAUGAGUGCAAAGUCUGAGAAGUGCCACAUUCCACUGAACACACACACACACACACACAUAUAUAUACUCCCUCACUCAAGUGAGAGUUCAAGAAUUCACUGCUUCAUGAUCCUGCAUAAUCCCAGUCUCUGCACUGUCAUCUCUCUGCAUAGUCCAGACCAGAGCAAUCGAUUACAGAGUAAUCCAUUUGAUCCAUCCAUAGGAUUAUGUGGUUCAUCCAUUCGGGUUUGUUUGGUUUUGCUCCCCGAUCUCUUUGAGAUUCUGCUGCUAGAGAGCUAUGCAGAAACGACAAAUAAAAGAGACUUCGUCUUUCUCUGUGGACCUUUCAGACAGAGAUCUGACUCAAGGAGUGACUUUGCCAAAAUCUCUCUCUCUUUUCUUUCUUUCUAUCUUUCUUUCUUUCUUUUUUUUUUGCUGGAAAGACUUCUGAGCAGCUCAUAUGAAGAAGAUCUUGCGACGGAGUGGACGUUGCCAAAACAAGCUGAAUCUGUGACUGAACUGUUCCUUCUCUAUAGCUUUUGUAUAAUACUAAUAAGACAAAAAAAAAAACAACAACAAUCAAAAAAAAAAAAAAAAAACGACAUUGAAAACGGGAUUUUUAUUUUAUAAGUCAGUGGAGAUCUCGAGGCCGACUUGAGACGUGUUUUAAGGAUAAACAAGGCUUUAAGGCAUCAGAUCAUUUGGUUUGCCAAACUCAUUUUGUAAAUAACAAUAACACCCACAAUAAUGCUGAUGAUGAUAAUAGGAAAAAAAAUGUUCAUUCUUUCUGCCGGACCUCUGUGCCAUAAAAUAGGCAGGCUUAAGUGAUGCAAGCUCAACAUGGAACCCAAGCAAUAUUUACAUGUGUCUAAAAUUCCCCUCUGUGGUUUACGUUGCUGUCGACGCCUGUGCAUGUUCGGUUUACUUAACGAGUGGCGCACAUCUUUUAGGUACAAUGAAGAAAAGGCGGCGGUUAAAAUACCUCAAGUGUCAUAGCAUGAGGCUCAUUUUAUAUAUAUACACACACAUUACUGGGAGUGAGUGAAAGUUACGACGUCACAAUUGAGCCUUAAAACUCAUCCCAGAAGAAUAUAAACUUUCCAAAAUACAUGGAAGAUGCGAGCGAAAAACUAAUCAAGCAAAAAAUCCUUUUAGUGUAUUAGUGCAAACGUUAAUGAUAAAAAACAAUAAUAAUUAGCAGAGCCGAUCACAGACUGGGUCACAUGAUCAUGACCUUGUGGUAUUUUACUGCAGUCUGGUCUCAUUCUCAAGCUCUCUUGCCAUGUGGGUUGCUGUUUAAACAUUUUUUAGUUAUUUUUUUUUCUCUCUCUAAAGAUGCCUUAUGUGUCAUCGGGCAUACUGGUGCAACCACAAACAUGCAUGACCUCAUUCAUUUAUGUGUGCAUUCUCAAACACGCACACCCACCCAAACACACACACACACAAUUCACCUUAUUGUCAAUUUCUGGAAAAAUUGCCUUUGGCUUCACAUCCACCCAAAACUGUCUAUCAUUUUAUUUGCUGAGAUCACAACCUGCUAGUGACGUGUGUGUGUGUGUGUGUGUGAGAGAGAGAGAGAGAGAGAGAGUGAGAGAGAAAGACAUGAACAGCCAGUUCUCCUUGUAUUUCAUUCCCCGUAAUGACUAAUACUCCCUAUUUUAUGGCCAGAGUCCUGUUUUAAUCCGAGAGCCAUUUUGGCCCUUUAAAGUUCAUAAACUCUACUUGGGAUUUAAAAAGAAGAUUGUGAAGCCAGGAGAAGAGAGGGAGGAUCAUAACGCUUUGACUAUGUUUCUAGACCUGUUUUAACUUUACCUCAGCUAAUGGUUUGUUAAUGUAAAAGGACGUCUUAUUUUUAUCUCAAUGAAGAUGACAUUCUACAGUGGAUUUUUAGGAUUUUUUUCCCUUUUGAUUUACAUAUCCCACCAUGUAAUACUGUACCAAUAAACACAUGAACAAAUUAUA